AUGUCCCUCAGCGACCUCCUUUUCGACACGUGCAUCAUCGGCGGCGGGGCAGCAGGCGCCUACGCCGCCUACCGCCUGCACCAGCUCAACCACACCGUCGCCAUCGUCGAGCGCGGCCCUCACCUGGGGGGCCACACCGUCACCUACCGCGACCCGAUCCUCACCAACAACCAGCCCAUCGACUACGGGGUCACCUGGCUCCAGAACCUGCCCGUCAUCCGCGACGCCUUCGCCCACUACAACGUCCCCCUCAUCAAGGAGAAAAUCGACUACGCAAUCGACAUGUUCGACUUUACCACGGGGGAGCCCCUCACUCCGCUCCCCGCCAACGAGACCACCGCCACGCUCGACCGCUACAGCACCCUCCUCGACCAGCACCCGUACCUCGCAACCGGGUUCGAAGACCUUCCCGACCCCGUGCCGGACGAUCUAGUCGCGCCUUUUAGUCACAUUAUGGACAAAUACCAUCUAGGUGGGCUCCUCGACACCUUCAGCUCAUGGCUCAGUGGCCUCGGCGAGUGGCCGGACUACCCGACGCUGUAUGUGAUGAAGUACGUGGGGACGGACUACCUAGCCGGCCGACUUCAGCUGGGGUGGGUACGGCCGAAGAGCCACGAUGCGAGCGAGAUCUACCGGGCGAUGGAGCAGGAGUUGCGACAGAGUCAAACGUUGCUGUUCAACAGUAGCGUAGUGCAGGUGGAUGCUCGCGAUUCUACUGUUGAUCGCGUGGUAGUGGAUGUGGCCAGUACGGUGGACGAGACACGAAGGCCGAUCAUCACCACAACACGCCGUCGACGCAUCCGUGCAAAGACCCUCCUCUUCGCUGCGCCUCCCUUACCCGACAACCUCGAGGCGCUGGGCCUGGAUGAACGGGAACGAGCCCUGUUCCGCCAGUUCAAGGACCCGUGGUUCUACACGGCACUGAUCCGGGUGGACGGGUUUCCGGACAGCACGUUCCUGGAGAACCACGGCAAGGACCACCCCUUCCAUCGCCCGCGCCUCCCGGCGGUGUUGGCCUUUCGGCCGACAGAUGUGUCGACAAUCGUCCGGGUCACGGUGGGGAGUAAAUCGCGGGGUCUGUCGGAGGCGGAGGUGGAGGACUGCAUCCGCGCCGGGGUGGACAGCGUGCAGCGCAGGCUGGGCGGCGGCAACGUGUCGGACCCGGAGAUCCUGGCGGUGCGCGAUCACUCGCCUUAUACGUUGACGGUCUCGGGUGCGGCGAUCGCGGCGGGGUUCUACCGGCAGCUGAGUGCUUUGCAGGGCCAUCGCCGGACCUACUACACGGGCGCGACAUUCGAUACGCAUCAUAUGCCCCAGGUAUGGAUGGUUACCGAUCAGGUCCUGCAGAGGCAUUUACUUCCCGCACUGCGGGGCUUGAGAGGUUGA